AUGAAGGGGAAGGCGUGCAAAGCACUGAGAGGGUGUGGGAAGGCUGGCCAUGGGCAGAGGGAAGAAGUCCUGACAGUGGUGGAGCUCCCACGGGGACAUCCGGCGCUAAAUGUCCUGGGCACUCCCCGUGGGAGUCACAUGGGGGGCGCUCCCCCUGCCCCCUCCUCUGUCCGAUUGUGCACCCUCUGUGACCGCACGCCCUCUGUGACCGUCGUCAUCCUUGCCUGCCUGCUCCAGCUCGCCUUGGUUUCUGUUGUCUUCCUGGUUCACCUCCUUGCCUGCUAUGGCUGGCUCUCUGUAUCUCUCAAUACUUUAAAAGUUUUGCUCAACUGGUUCCAGAAGCACUCUUGUAGCGACUUCCUGUAUGAAGAGGGGGAGUUGGCAGAAAUCCUCCCCCACCUUGAGCACCCAUUAUAUGAGCAAAGGGAAAGCUCAUGGACACAGGAGCAAGUGAGAACAUGCGGCAAGGGGCAGCAGCUGUCUCCCCAGAGGCCAAAGGCCUCGUCAUGUAGCCCUUCCGUCAAGGGCACAGUGCCUUUUUCAGAAUUAACGAGCCCGGAGAAAAUCAUCCAUUUCCACCGAGAGCUGAGAAACAGCCGUUGCUCUAAUAAUCAGAAUGCCCUCUUAAAUCAGGAAAUGGCCACCUGUCAGUUCUCUGGCCAUCACAGGCUCCAGGAUGUGACUCCUGUCAAGCUGCCUGCAGUAUCCAAGAGGAGGCACGUGACAGAACUUUCCGACCUGGAUGAUUUCAGUCCGGUGAAGAGUCAGGAGCAAUUCUUCCAAUGUACUGAUAUAUUCAAGAAUCAGAUGGGAAACUUGCAUAUGGGAGCUUUUGACCUGGGGAUGAAACUGAAAAAUGUCCUCAUGAAUAACCCAUGGAUCUCUAGGGGUAAACCAGGUGGUUCAGCUUCAGUCACUGCGGCAAAAAGCCAUUUGUCAGACACAGCCUCAUCAAGUAGUAAAUGUCUGAGUCCUUUGGGGGAGAAAGCAUCUGCACUGAAAAGAGGACACCUCGUGGAAAUGACACAAGGAAUGAGGGCCCAUGGUGGAAAAACAGCAUGCUGCCAACUCUACUACAAUUCUUCACUUGAGGAAAGAGCUACAGAGCUACAAUACUCAAAGAGUCCUCAAGGAGUGAAAAACAGCCACAUAUUGUUUCCUUAGAAGAUAUUCACAGCUUAAUAUUGUCGUGUUUCAGACUGUCCACAUUUCAUGCUGCAUGUGUGUAAUCACAUACAUUUGCAUAACACUCAGUACUUCUGAGAAUGUUUGGUAGGGCUGAUCCCAAGGUUUGUUGCCCCGAGCAACGCGUGCCCUUCCCCUCCUGGGCCUACAUUGCUGCAGCUCAGGUCCAAGCCGAGCUCCAAUGGCAGUGUAGACCCAGGAGGCGCUGUGUGGCGGGUGGCUGGCUGUGAGCCUACUUGUUGUCAUGCUGCCUCAAGGGGUGAAUUGGCUGGAGUGCCAGCCCUGGCCACUGAGAACGGUCUGAACCCUCCUCCUCUAUGCCAGCCAUCGACUAGAUCCGAUCCUGCUGGCUGAUGCUUGCAUUUAAAAAUCUCUGAAUUGCCAGGUCCACUGGGCAAUCAACGCAGGGGUCCUGACUGAACAGGAUAUUGGAUAAUGAAAUGAGCCACCUACUUGCAGUGAUGCUGAGGUUUAGCAGCAAAUCCGAUGGGCAUGUAGAUUAGGUGCAUCAACUGAGGCACACACAUUUUGUGUCUCUUUGGAACAACUGCAGUUAAGUAAUUAUUAGUGACAAUUCAGAGAGCAAACUACAAUUAAUAAAAACAAAGCUUAAACAAAAAACAAAUUAAAAAUUAAGGUGAAUAUUAAAUUUUUUUGAAAAGCAUCAGGAAUUGGCCAUGCUGGCAGGGGCUGAUGGGAAUUGUAGUCUGUAACAUCUGGAGUGCCAAAGGUUCACCACCACUGCUCUACAGGGAUAUUUUAUAAAGUAUGGAGAAUGUCUGAGGGCGAUGCUGGCAACCUUUUAUCAGGAGAUUCAUUAUUGCCUUCCUAUGACAAGCAUGUUUUCAUGCCUUCUUUGUUACGUAUCAGUGAAACAGUAUCCGAGAAGAAAAGGUAAAAUUCAAAAUCUCAUGUUUUUGAAGAAGGCAAAUGAUUCAAACCUCAAGUUUUUGAUUUCUUUUACAAUUUCAAACUAAACUGUAUUCAGUCACAAAGCAGAAUUCGUUGUAUUAUUAUUUUAACACUUUUAUCGGAAAAAUUUGCUUUUGUUGGGUGUCAGUAGUACAGAGUAAAAAAUAUAUAAAUAUAUGUUUAUUCAUUUUCCAAACAUUUGGAAAAGAUACAUUUGGAGAAAAAUGUAAUGAAUUUAUUUCUGAAUUAAAUAAUAUAUCAUCUAGUAA